AUGGCGGGGCAUCGGCCGCCAACGUCGUCGAUCCUGGACAUGUCGCCAUACUGCAGCGACGACGAUGAUACCGAUGGUGAAGGGACGUUGGAGGAGAAGAUGCGGAUCCUAACGUACGAAGAAGAGCUCGCCCUCGAGACCCGCGCCAGGCAAAGAUCCAAGGCGAAAAAAGCAGAGCCCAAGGCCCCCCCGAGCCCGAGGCAGCGCGUCGAGGCCUCGAGCCGACGCCACCCACCAACCAAUGCUCCUGUGCAA